AGCUAAAGUACAUUCUGAUCUCAAAUAAGGGCCCAUAUCUAAAAUUUGGCCCAUUUCUACCUUUUGAUUGCUCUCCAAGCAAAAGAAAACUCGAGUCGACCGGAACACGCAUAUCCGACCUUUACAUACAUCCCCUUCGAAAAUUACCGUUUAAACCCUAGCCUCCGUGGGGUUUAUGGUCUCCUUCGUACGGAGAGCUAAACCCAGAAUCGGCCUGAAUCUUCGUGAUAUCGAACCCUUAUUCUCCAUACCCAGAUCUCGAAUUUUGAGUUUUGGGUGAUAGAGAGCUUGUUUCUUCGUCUCCAUCCAUGUCUGCUUCCAGAUUAUGCUCUGCUGCGGCGGCAGCUGCGGCGUUCACUUCAGUGUCAAUGUUUCAGAAUCGUGCUUACGCUGACUCUCCAUUUCGCUUUCCCUUCUACUCUUCCUCUCCGUCGCCUCCGCCGUCAAAUUCUUCAACGGAUCAGUCUUCGUCGAGCGCUAAGACGGAGGCUAAAUCGGAGGCGGAGGAGCCAAGAGGGUCGGGUUUUGACCCGGAAUCCUUGGAGAGAGGCGCUAAAGCUCUUCGAGAGAUCAACAGCUCUCCCCAUUCCAAACUGGUGUUUGAUCUGAUGAGGAAGCAAGAGAAAACUCGUUUGUCUGAACUAGAUGCAGAGAAAGCUCAAUAUAAAGCUGUUCAAGCACAAGCUGACAUUGACAGACAGUGGAAAUUGGCCGAAGACCAGAGAAAUCUCGUGCAGCAACAAGCUCAAGCCAAAGCCCAAAUGCUUCGGUAUGAAGAUGAGUUGACAAGGAAGCGACAGCAGACAGAUCAUGAAGCUCAGAGACGGCAUAAUGUUGAGUUGGUCAAGAUGCAAGAGGAGUCUUCUACCCGGAAAGAGAAAGCAAGAAUAGCCACAGAGGAACAAAUCCAAGCUCAGCAGCGUCAGACGGAGAAAGAGAGAGCCGAAAUUGUGAGGGAAACAAUCCGUGUCAAGGCCUUGGCUGAGGCUGAAGGCCGAGCUCAUGAAGCCAAACUUACUGAGGAGCAAAAUAGAAGAAUGCUUUUGGAUAGGGUAAACGGUGAAAGAGAGAAAUGGCUUGCAGCAAUUAACACAACCUUUAGCCACAUUGAAGGGGGCUUCAGGACCCUAUUAACUGAUAGGAACAAGCUAAUUAUGACUGUCGGAGGAGCUACAGCAUUAGCUGCCGGGGUUUACACGACUAGAGAAGGUGCUCGAGUUACCUGGGGUUAUAUCAACAGAAUCCUUGGGCAACCAUCCCUUAUUCGGGAAUCUUCCAUUGGCAGACUUCCAUGGUCAGGCACAAUGUCUCAAAUGAAGAAUAAAAUCUCUGGAUAUAGCACAGCAGCAGGAUCUGCAGGAGGGAAAAAGCCCCUUGAAAACGUCAUUGUCCAUCCUUCCUUACAAAAGAGGAUCGAGCAUCUUGCUAGAGCUACAGCGAAUACAAAGACCCAUCAAGCGCCAUUCCGCAACAUGCUGUUUUAUGGGCCUCCCGGUACUGGUAAAACUAUGGUUGCGAGGGAGAUAGCUCGGAAAUCGGGUCUGGACUAUGCUAUGAUGACUGGAGGAGAUGUUGCUCCCCUGGCUGCACAAGCUGUUACCAAAAUCCAUCAGAUAUUUGAUUGGGCUAAGAAGUCCAAGAAAGGUUUGCUGCUUUUCAUAGACGAAGCCGAUGCUUUCCUAUGCGAGCGCAACAGCACUUACAUGAGUGAGGCCCAACGUAGUGCACUGAACGCGUUGCUCUUCCGAACUGGUGAUCAAUCACGGGACAUAGUCCUGGUCCUGGCCACUAACAGACCCGGCGAUCUCGACAGUGCAAUCACCGACAGGAUUGACGAAGUGAUAGAAUUCCCCAUACCCGGCGAAGAAGAACGUUUUAAGCUUCUAAGACUCUAUCUGAACAAAUACCUGUCCGGGCAAGACAAUGGUGACAAGGACACUGAGCCCAGAAGAUGGAGCCAUCUAUUCAAGAAGAAACCGAGGGAGAUAACCAUGAAAGAGGACCUCGAAGACGAUGUGAUCAGAGAGGCGGCAAAGAAGACAGACGGCUUUUCGGGUCGUGAAAUAGCGAAGCUGUUGGCCGGUGUACAGGCGGCGGUGUACGGCCGGCCGGAUUGUGCGUUGGAUUCACAGCUUUUCAGAGAGAUUGUGGAUUACAAAGUUCAUGAACACCACCAAAGGGCCAAACUUGCGGCUGAAGGCAUCCAACCUUUGCCGCAGCUCGCCUAAUCUUUCCUAAUUUUUUUUUUUUUUUUUUUUUUUUUUUUUUUUUGAGGUUCCUUUCUUGGCUUAAGAGAAAGAACAAGAAAUAGAUUUGAUUUUUUCCCCUUUCUUUUAUCCAUUUGGUUUAUUUCGGAAGCUGUUAAAUUUUGUGUAAUCUUGAUUGUUGUAUGGGACAUUUAGGUCUAUUCAUCAAGAAGAGAAGAAUAAAGUUUGAAAACGAACCAAGGUUAGUUUUCUGUAUGGGUCCAUGAACACAUUUGAAAAAUGGGCUUGGGCUUCUAAAUUCGGGCUCCUCUUUACUCAGCGGUCCGGUUAUCUAAACCGGUUCUGAAAUUUCUUUACUUCAGGAAGCGAGCGAAGAAAGAGGUCAACCGUGUCCUAGCUUCAGUCACGGGAUGACACGUGGCGAAGACACACCGACAACGUCCCCGACAAAAGCGCCUAUUCGCUCGCCACGUAACAGAGAUGAAGCCACGUGGCGAAAAGCAACCGAUUCUUGCGAAGCACCUACGCUCUUGGGAGGUCGUCUUCUAUAACUUCCCUCACAGGAACAACACCAAAAUUGCCAGAAACAAAAACAAAAACAAAAAACGGAAACAUAGUAAAAAAAAUGUUGAAGAAUUAAAGGGGAGCAUUACUUUUUUUGGGUGCGAAAUGAUGGGAAAAAGAGCGGCGGCGGCGGUGCUGGUGCUGGUGGUGAUGCUGACGUGGCAGGAUACGUGCCGAGGAUUCACUGCGGAGGAAAUGGUGAGGUUAGAGGCGGAGCACGCGAGAAACGCCGCUGAGACGGCGAAGCAAAUAGCGGCGAAGACAUUUGAAGAAGCGAAGGACAAGUCUGCGUCGUGGGGCGAUUGGGUCUCCGACAAAACCUCCACAGGAUUUGGAAACAAGAAAGAAGAAGCAAAGGAAGCGGUGGACAGCGCAAAGAACUAUGCAUACGACAAAGCAGGUCAAGUGAAAGACUUUGCGUACGAGAAGGGUGAUCAUGUUAUAAGGAUGGCAACGGACAUGAGCCAGGAAGCUAAAGAAAGGGCAUACGAAGGAGCCAAACAAGGGUCGAGGAGUGGUAAAGAUAUGGCAGAAGACAAAGCAUACGAUGCCAAAGAAAGCAUGGAGAAGGCUAUGGAUUACGGGAGAGAGAAAGCGAACAAGGGUUACGAGGCCAUGGAAGGAUCGGUUGAGUACGCGAAAGAGAGAUCGUUCGAAGCCAAGGAUGGCGCGGGAGAAGCGGCUAGAGCUUUCGAAGAGGCCAUUGAAAAGGUCGGGGAGAAAUAUGGUGAAGCCAAGGAGACGAUGACCCAGAAAUCUAGAGAUGCUUACGAGGCUGCAAAAGAGAAAGCUUCUCAGGCUGCUGGAGAGUUGGGUUCCGAGAUGAGACAUCGAGGUGCCGAGCUAUGAACAUAUAAAACUAUGUAUAACACUAGCACAUAUAUGUCUGAAUGUAUGUAUGUAUAUUCCCACAUGUAGUGGCAGGUCUUGAUGAUGUUAGAUUUCAAGAACUGUCUACUGUUACUUGCACGCAGGUUCUGAAAUGAAAUCCGAGUUUCAUC